GGGCCUCCAGGAGACUUUGGGCCAAAGGGCAUACGGGGCCCCAAGGGGCCACAAGGUGCAAUGGGCAGAGGAGGACUUGUUGGUCCUGUGGGAAUAAUAGGUCCCAGUGGCAGUGCAGGCCCUCGAGGACAAAAGGGAAAUCGAGGAGAAAUCGGAUUUCAAGGUCCACAGGGAUCUCCAGGACCUCGUGGACUCCCAGGACCACCAGGUCUCCCAGGUGUCCCUCUGUCAUUUAAGGAAGAUGGUCAGUUGUUUGAUUUGCCUACUCAUUUAAGGACUGAGCAUAAGCCAGCAAUGGACCUGCCGAUGCUGGACCAGGGCGCAGAGAUCUUUAAGACCCUCCACUACCUCAGUAACUUGAUCCGGAGCCUGAAGAACCCACUGGGUACUCGGGACAACCCCGCCCGCAUCUGCAGGGACCUGCACAGCUGUGAACAGAAGUUAAAUGAUGGCACUUAUUGGAUCGACCCCAACUUAGGUUGCUCAUCUGAUAGAAUAGAGGUCUCUUGCAACUUUACCGGAGGCGGACAGACUUGCCUUAAACCAAUAACGAUAUCCAAACCAACAAUGAGUGUUGGUCGAGUCCAGAUGAACUUCCUGCACCUGCUGAGCUCAGAGGCCAUUCAGCACAUCAUCAUCCACUGUCUGGAUGUCUCAGUGUGGAGGUCAGCUGAAGAUCAGCUGCCUGGCAAGAAGUCUGUGAGAUUCAAGGCCUGGACCGGGGAGGUGUUCGAAGUGGGGAGCGAGCUUGAGCCGGACAUUGUGGAGGAUUCUUGUUGGAUGAAAGAUGGGCGCUGGCACCAGACACAUUUUGUGUUCCACUCCCUGGACCCCACCCUGCUCCCUGUGGUCGACAUCUACAACCUUCCAAAAAGUACCCCUAGCUCACACUACCAUCUAGAAGUAGGUCCUGUUUGCUUCUUGUGAACGCCACAACGCUCUGACCACGAAGUGAUGGACAACCUCAAGACCCAAUCCCGCAGAUGUGGAGAGAGAGCGGUCAUGAAAUCACUUACUGUUCAAGCGUGGGAAAAGUAAUCCCCCCGCCCCCCUCAGAUCCUGCUUCACUACCAAUCUCCCAAUGGACUGCAUAAGCAAAAUGGAGAGUAGGCACAGGGGGGCGAGGAGGGGGGAACACAGGAGCUGAGGAGGAGUUGGGGAGUUCUUGCACUAAUUUCUCCUCAGACAGCAAACUCUUGAAGAAGGAUCUAUACAUGGACGCCUGCUAUAGGAGGGAGAAGGCCACACGAUGUCUCCAGAACAUUGAAAAGUGAAGGGAGACCAAGGCCAAGUUCAGCAGUGGACUUUUGUAAUAACUUAUUGUUGCAACAACCUGUAAACUAUGUGUAAUUUUCUGAUAUUCCGUUCUGUCAGAAGAGAAUACCUAAAGUAAUUUGGAUCUUGUAAAUAUAGAUAUAUAUAUAUGCUCUAUUAUUGAUUUUUAUACAUGUAUAUCUUAUGUAAAGAAAUAAAUGUUAAGUGCAAUAGAAAAUUAAAGGAUAGUCUGGGAUUUGGAGCUUAUAUGGAAGGAUUUUUCAGGGGUGCCAUUUUUUACUUGCCUUUGGUGCUUGUCUCCCCAUGAUCUUGCAUGGAUGAAUGAAUCCAGAGGACAACUUGUUUACAUAAAUUAAGUGGAAGUCAUGUUUCUUUAAUUUACUAGUUUUGAAAUGAGAGAUUUUCAAAUGGUGACACCCAGUUAGUUCUCAGUAAAAAAUAAAAAAUAAAUAAAUAACACAAACCAAAGCAUAAAAGCCAUCCACACAAAGCAAUUCAAGAUAUUUAAAAACAUAUAUUGCUGAGGUUGUUACUCACACAUUAUUGAGCCACAUGCCACUGAUAAUGGAGAAUUAGACAGAGUUUAAAUAAGAAAAAAAAGAAAGAUGUGGAGAUCUAGUCCUCAGUAGUAUUUUACUAAACACUUUCUUACUGUGGAAUGUGAGAGUAUUGCUUCCUCGUUUGUGAUUUGAAAUGAAAGCCAGCCAAAAUCUUUACAGCGAACAGAGAGCAGGUACAGGCAAUAUUCAGAUGAGAACUGAGCCACAAAACAGAGAAGAGCGGGUAUAAAGAUUUCACAUAAAACCUCCAACUUUUACCCGAUUCUCCCCCUAAUCACAAGGUGCUGAGCGAUUUCCUUAAGGUGCUAACCAUAGUGCUGGUAUUACACCACUUUUACUGAAAAAUACAAAUGCUUAUAGCAUAUGCUUGCUUGGAAUAAUAAAAUAAAGUCAAGAGGAAUAUUACCAUACCUUUUUCUACAAUGCAGAUUUAUUAUUCAACAUCACAAUUUCUAAAUUGCUCAUCGUCUGUUGUUUAUUUUAAAUGUUUUGUUUGAUGCAACUAUAGAGUUGCCUAAUUUGAAAUUUUUUUCCUAAAAAUACCAAAACAGAUUACUGCUAUAAAUUACAGGGUUUAAAAGAUUAUUGGAAAUGAAGUUAUUUGUGUAUAAGAAGCUCCGCUGAGCUGUAUGUGAUAUUUUUAGAAACUAGUGAAGAAAUUUUUAUCAAUAAAAAAAUUAUAAAUAUCUCUUUGUUGUAGCUUGAAAACAAGUGUGUAUAAUAUUGUAACCAUUGCUGUAUACAGUAAAUCCCCUUUUGCUAAUUUAAUGUUAUUUAAUGAUGUUAACGUGGUUGCAGAGUGGGCAAAUCUCUGAUAUUUGAAGCAAAACAAAUUUCUCUGACAUUAUAUAUGUUAUCCCAACUGGUCUUGGAGUUUAUAGAUUUUUUAUGUGUAAAUUUGGAAUAAAUUCAUUCAAUAUUAUUAUUUUUUUCUUUCUUUUUUAUCGUUUUUUAUGAUAAUCAUGUACUGUAUGAGGAUUGUGUUACACUAGAACUUGUGUUUUAAAGAAUUAUGCAAAUAUGUGAAAGUGGUUUCUUUUUGUAAAUCUAUUUUGAGAACAAGCUAAGAAUACCUCAUAAUUUUACAUGAGACUUGGAGCAAAAAUUUUCUAUUGCUUAUUUUAUAAAAAGAAAAACAUUAAAAAAUAUCAACAAUUGCAGCAAGUCAUCAAACUCCGAAUAAGAUCAUUUCAUGGUGCAUGCAUCCUUUGUUUACUUUAAAGUCCUUGUUCAGUGUCCAUUUGUUCAAUAAAUACUUUUAAUUUGUA